AUGUAUUCUAAAGAACAAAUUACUAAAAUUCGAUAACUGAUCAACAAUUAUUUUGAUAAAGGUGAAGUAUUUGAUAAGUUAAAGAAAAAAAUUGAAAGUGAAAAAAUUCAAAUUGAUGAUUUGGAUAAUGAAAAAUUGACUAAAUUACUUAGAGAAACUAAUCUUAUUGAUAAUCUCAUCUUGGAUAUCAAACAUUUAGAUGAAAUUGAUGAAUUUAAUAAAUAAAAUAAACAGGUAUGAUCAAAUCAGAAUAUUAAGCUCACAUAUGUAGACCCAGAUCGUAUUAAUUAUAGGUCAGUUAGUUUGAGAAUUUUUAAAGGAAGAGCUUUCUUGGAUUUUAUUGAAUCUGAAAAUUCUAAAUUGCAAUUAUAUUUAAGUUUUUGUGGUUAAAGAUAUGUAUCUGCUAUUGUGGAUGCCUCAGUAGAACCUGAGUUUAAUGAACUCUUUUUGUUUGAUUUAAGAACUGAUACUCAAAAAGCAAAUGUAGAUUUGUUAACUUUAAGCAAAUUAGAUCACCCAAUUGAAUUAUGUGUAAUUCAAAUUUAAAAUGGGUAAAGAAAAAUGUUUUCAUAAAAAUUAAUUGAAUGGAGAUUUUUAUUAUGCUAUGGAAACAUUUCAUUAAAUAUAGAACUUCCAACUACUUAUAAUACAAAAAUGUAAAAUGAAAGAAAAAAUCAUGUGGGUAUACUCUAAAUUCAUUUGGAAUUAUUGCCAAAAACUGGAUUGGCUUUACUUCCUGAAAACAUAGUAGUUUCAUAACUCUCAAAAGAGAAAGCAGUUAUUAAUUAAAUAUCAGAUAGAUUUCAUACUUAUGGUAAUGCUUGGUGGAAUGAUUUUAAAGAACUUAAAUUAUCUGUAAGACCAAUAAAAUUAUAUUCUGAAUCUUAAGAUGCAAUUUGGAGACCUUCUUGCACUUUUAUAAGAGAAUUGUAAAGUGUAAGAGGAAUAAUGAGUCCAAAUCAUGCAGCUAGAUUUGUAAGUCUUAUACCGAUGAAAACAUCAGAUAGAGGUCCUUCAGGAGAUAGAUUGGAGGUUUGGCAUAGAUUUCCAACAUUUUUGGCAUUAAAAGGUGGAGAUUUUGAGGAUCAUUGUUUAUUGUUAUGUUCACUUUUUUUAGGAUUUAAUUUAGAUGCAUUUGUAGUUUUUGGAUCAACAGCUGAUAGACCUCAUGGUUGGGUUAUGACAAGAUUAUAAAAACCUAAAAAACCAAAUUAAAAAUAGGCUGAAUAUGCAUAUAAUUUUUGGGAACCUUUGACUGGUCAUAAAUUUGAAUUAAAUGAUCCUAAGGUAAUUAAAAAUGAAAAAUAUAAUAUAGGUUCCUUAAUUAUAUAAAAGAAUUGGUUGUAUUUUUAAUAAUAAAUGUUUUUUUGCAAAUAUUCAAGAGAAUGAUUCUGUAUUAAAGACUGAUCUAAAUAUUGAAGAUUAUACAAAAUGGAAAGCAGUUGAUCCUAAUGAAAUAUCUUUAUUAAAACCAUNCAGAAUAUUAAGCUCACAUAUGUAGACCCAGAUCGUAUUAAUUAUAGGUCAGUUAGUUUGAGAAUUUUUAAAGGAAGAGCUUUCUUGGAUUUUAUUGAAUCUGAAAAUUCUAAAUUGCAAUUAUAUUUAAGUUUUUGUGGUUAAAGAUAUGUAUCUGCUAUUGUGGAUGCCUCAGUAGAACCUGAGUUUAAUGAACUCUUUUUGUUUGAUUUAAGAACUGAUACUCAAAAAGCAAAUGUAGAUUUGUUAACUUUAAGCAAAUUAGAUCACCCAAUUGAAUUAUGUGUAAUUCAAAUUUAAAAUGGGUAAAGAAAAAUGUUUUCAUAAAAAUUAAUUGAAUGGAGAUUUUUAUUAUGCUAUGGAAACAUUUCAUUAAAUAUAGAACUUCCAACUACUUAUAAUACAAAAAUGUAAAAUGAAAGAAAAAAUCAUGUGGGUAUACUCUAAAUUCAUUUGGAAUUAUUGCCAAAAACUGGAUUGGCUUUACUUCCUGAAAACAUAGUAGUUUCAUAACUCUCAAAAGAGAAAGCAGUUAUUAAUUAAAUAUCAGAUAGAUUUCAUACUUAUGGUAAUGCUUGGUGGAAUGAUUUUAAAGAACUUAAAUUAUCUGUAAGACCAAUAAAAUUAUAUUCUGAAUCUUAAGAUGCAAUUUGGAGACCUUCUUGCACUUUUAUAAGAGAAUUGUAAAGUGUAAGAGGAAUAAUGAGUCCAAAUCAUGCAGCUAGAUUUGUAAGUCUUAUACCGAUGAAAACAUCAGAUAGAGGUCCUUCAGGAGAUAGAUUGGAGGUUUGGCAUAGAUUUCCAACAUUUUUGGCAUUAAAAGGUGGAGAUUUUGAGGAUCAUUGUUUAUUGUUAUGUUCACUUUUUUUAGGAUUUAAUUUAGAUGCAUUUGUAGUUUUUGGAUCAACAGCUGAUAGACCUCAUGGUUGGGUUAUGACAAGAUUAUAAAAACCUAAAAAACCAAAUUAAAAAUAGGCUGAAUAUGCAUAUAAUUUUUGGGAACCUUUGACUGGUCAUAAAUUUGAAUUAAAUGAUCCUAAGGUAAUUAAAAAUGAAAAAUAUAAUAUAGGUUCCUUAAUUAUAUAAAAGAAUUGGUUGUAUUUUUAAUAAUAAAUGUUUUUUUGCAAAUAUUCAAGAGAAUGAUUCUGUAUUAAAGACUGAUCUAAAUAUUGAAGAUUAUACAAAAUGGAAAGCAGUUGAUCCUAAUGAAAUAUCUUUAUUAAAACCAUAAAAUUUUUAGUUGACACUUUUAAGAUAAACAAUGCAUGCUGAUGAAAUAGAACCAAAAUUAGAAUUGUAAUUAAGGGAAGCCAUAGGAAGUUAUCGAAAAAGUAUAUAUUUUUUAAAAUUAUAAGUCAUAAACUUGGCUACAAGAUAUGAUGAAAAACUUGGUAGUAUUAUGUAAAUAGCAUUAGUUAAUUAUGAAACUGAAAAAAUUACUGGUAUGUAAACUUUAUAUAUAUAAUUAGGAUUGUAAUUUGCACAAUUUGAAUUUUAAUCUGCAAUUAGAAGUUAUAUACCAGAAGGACAUACAUUUAUGAGUUUUCCUAUUUGUUUUAAUCACAUGAAUAUAUAAAAGAUGUUAGAGGAUAUAAAAACAUCUCCUGUUGGCGGAGAAGUACUUACUGCAAGAGGAGAUUAAACAUAUCAUGCUGUACGUGUGAAAAUGGAAAUCUAUCCAGAAGACAUUUAUGCUGUCUGGGUUUCAGUCUCUGUAAGAUUUCAUAAAAUUGUAUGA